AUGUCCGGACACCAAGCGGGCCGUCCCAGCACCGGCAGCCGCAACGUGUCCUUCAUGGCCCAGACUCCAGGCUGGCCCCACGGCCCCAGCAUGACCGGGGCGAGCAACCCCAAGCGCUCUCGGACGCCAAGCGGCUCCGAGGCCAGCAGCAACCAUUCGGAGCCCACCAACAGCCCAGGCUCCCCCAGACUGCCGUUGAGGAGAAUCUGCAUGGGCCGGCCCUACAACUCCAAGUGUGUGGAGACAAGCCACCUGGCGAAGGGCCCCAAGGCGGCCAGAAAGCCCGUGUGUCGCGGCAACCCCUACUGCCCGCUCUGCACAGAUCGUCCCUCGGGUCCCUCUAACCCCACCUUCCUGGAUCAGCUCAUCAAAGGCAUCAGCUACCUCGACAGAUCCACCAAUGCCUUCUACAGCAACUACCCUAAGCCCCUGAACCUGCCGAGGCUUGCAGCCAACUACCUGGAACGCGCCGCCAACUCCAUCCGCCUGGACCACCUGGACCACGCCUCCCCCCGCAGUUAUUGUAACCACAGCAGCAGAGCGGCCGCCUUCGACUACCCCUGCGGCAGCACCUCCGUGUUGCCGUCCAGAAGGGCUGUCAACGCUGUGCAGUACGUGGAUAACUCUGCAAACACGAGCUGCUUUCCCGGGUUUCAGGGCCAGAACCUCACUCCCAUCCUGCCCCAGAGGCCGGGGAUAAAGCUGCCUGAGCUCCCCCUGUUCAGCAACGGGAUCUUUUCCUUAGGUCGCCUGCCCAAGUUCUGGGAAGCAAUCCGCUCAGGCUGCAGAGCCCCGGAGCCCAUCUCUAAGCCCUCCAGCUGGUGGUGA